AUGUGGAGCAAGGAUAUUCGGUGGAGGAGGAGGAGGAAGAGGCGAGGCACUGGGGCGAGGUGCAUGGUGGUGGUGUGGCGAGAGGAGCGGGAGGAGCAGCAGGUGGUGGGGCAGCAGGAUGGGGAGGAGAGAGAGGUGGCAGGGCGGGAGGAGGGUACGAGGCGUCUUAUUGGUUGUGGAGGGGCAGUGUGGAUGACACGGCUGAUUGGAUGGAAAUGGUGGGAUGAGAGGGAUGCAAAGGGGUGGAGAGGGGUGCAAGGGGUGGUUAGAGGGAUGCACGAGGUGUUGGAGGAGGAAGUGAGACUGGGACGAGUGAGAGGGGGAGAGAGUGGGGGAGGGGGGGGGGAGGAGGAGGAGGAGGAGGAGGAGGAGGAGGAGGAGGAGGAGGAGGAGGAGGAGGAGGAGGAGGAGGAGGAGGAGAGAAGGGAGGAGAAGCAGCAGCGUGAGGAAGGGGAGGGAGGGUUGGAAGGGAGCGAGGCAGUAACUGCACACAAGGCUCAUCUCCACCUAAUGCUCUGGCUCGAGUCCUUUUGUGACGCUUCUGAGGAGUCUGGUGGUGGUGGUGGUGGCGGUGGUGGUGGGAAAGGAGAGGCGGAUAGAGUUCUGGAUAAUCCUACUUGCCUGCUACAGCAGUGGAUACAUCCUCCCAUUCAAGCGUGGACUGCACCUACACUCAACUUCCACCCCCUUCUUCCCCGCUUUCACUCGCCAUCGACUCUCCUGCAGGCCGCGCUGGUGGCAGCAGACACGGUGCGAUGCCUCAAGAUGCACUGCAGGAUCAUGGGGACCUGUGAGGCCGCGCUGGUGGCAGCAGACACGGUGCGAUGCCUCAAGAUGCACUGCGGCAUCAUGGGGACCUGUGAGGCAGCACUGGUGGCAGCAGACACGGUGAGAUGCCUCAAGGCGCACUGUGGCAUCAUGGAGACGCUUCAGGCCCUGAGGGACCUCUUCUUCAUCGGGGGAGUCUCAGUGGCACCUGUGUUCCUUGGGGAGCUAUGGAAGCAGAUGCGCAGCAACGUGCUGUUGCCAGCGCACACCACCGAAUCACUGCAGCAACUCAUGGACAGUUUCCUUGCUGCAGCGGCACAUGGACACACAUCUCCGCCACCAUUCAAUACAAUCACUGUCACUCUCUGCAGCAAAGCCUCUGACUCCCCCACUACCACAGACGCACACUCUCCCCUCCACCCAUCCUCACCUGCCAUCACCACCAAUCCCACUGAUCUACUGCCGUCUGCCACAUCAUCUAAUCCUUUGCUUCCUUACGCCACUUCCGCUGCCACUCCUUUUGCCUAUGCCAAGCCGUUUGGCACCGAACCUACUAGCAAGGCUGAACCUGCAACUCCCAUCAGGUUCACUGCCCAUGCCGGGCCUGUACCCUUUGCCGGACCUCCAGCCUCGGUAUCAUCCAAACCUUUUGCCGGACUUACUGGACCUUCCUUGCUUGCCGGACCUACUGCUCGUGCCGGGGCUGGUGGCGCGUCAGGUGUCAAAGCCUCAACGCCCAUGCCCAGACCUGGAGGUUCGGGGAGCGGAGGUGGUUCGGCGAUGCAGGUUCGGGUGACAGCAAUGAUGAAGUUGUUAGAGAGGAUCCACAUGAAGCCUGAGCUGGAGUGGCCAUUGGAUAACCUCAUGCACCCUGCAGCAUGCGCCAAGUACAACCAGCUCUUUUCGUUCUUCUCCAAGCUCUCUCUUGCCAAGACUGCUCUAAGCACCACCAAGGCACGCAUGCUGCAGGAGCGGCGUUGCUUCCGUGACAUGCCCCUGGCGGCACAGAGGGAGCUGCUGAUGGUGCAGCACAUGCAGCAUGCCUUGCAAGCCGUCCACUCCUUCCUCAUGGCCAAUGCGGUGAAAGCAGCAUGGCACGAGCUGCAAGCGGCCAUGGGCAGAGCAUCAUCCGUGGCAGCAGUGCUGCAAGCACACCACCACUACCUUCACUCCAUCCUCGAAGGAUGCUUCCUCGUUAACUCCACCAACAUGGGCAAGGCCAUCACGAACCUGAUAGCCUCUCUGUCCAGCAAGACUCUUCUCUUCUGCGCACUCUACCACUCCCGCCGCUCGCUGCAGCGCCCACACUCCAUUCCAUCACCCACCCCUUCCGCCACCAUGCCUAAUGCUACCAGCAGCACCCCAAUGCACACACACACGGCUAGCACCAGCACGCCUGCAUACACACCCACUGCCAGCAGCAGCAGGGUGGGAGCAAGAGAUGAAAGCUACAAGGAGGGAGGAAGGGAGAAGAGGAGUGGCAGGGGAGCGGCGGAGGAGGCAGCAAUCAAUGCGGAGAUUCAGCAGCUGGGGGAUUUCUUCCAUGCUGACGUGUCGGCCAUCCUGCAGGUAGGUCAGUCUGACGUGUCGGCCAUCCUGCAGGUAGAUCAGUCUGACGUGUCAGCCAUCUUGGAGGUAGGUCGUGGUGACGUGCCGGUCAUCCUGGAGGUGGGUUUGUCUGACGUGUCAGGCAACAUGAGGUCAUGCUGA